UCCAAUGUCCAGGAUUCAAAUCCAAGUCAUCGAAUCAGGCAAACCGUCAAUCAGGAGCAAGGACUUGCCAACUAUGACCGAUCAGAUUUUUUACAUCGCUGAAAGUCUUGAUGCAAUCAUAACGCCACGGCGAACAUCAUAAUCCGAUUGAUCUGAAAUGUUUGCCCAAAACAUUACGCAAAUUAGAUGCACAAGGAUGCAUAAAAAGGAGCUCCUGAUCGCAUCCUCAAUUGUGCCACUGUGAUACAGACGACAUAUCUCGCUCCAAGGCUCUUUCAAACGGUCGCGCAUUCCAUGUUGUACAUCUACCAUUUCUGUAUUGCUUUCGCUUUCGUAUACAUAUUACGUUUCUUUCUACAGCGACUCUCGUCUCUGUUCGCCCUGCGCCACGUCCCGGGCCCGAAGACUUCCUCUUGGGUGUGGGGCGAAGAAAAGGUAUUGUAUUAUAACACACCUGGUGCCUUAUAUCUGGACUGGCACCGCACAUACGGCAAUGUUGUGAAGUUCACAGGAGCGUUUGGCCAUCAGCUCCUUUCCAUCACGGAUCCGCAUGCGAUCUCGUUUAUUCUGGGAGAGGGCGCAUAUCAGUUCCCCAAGCCAAAAGGCGUGCGUGCCUGGUUUCGUAUGCUGCUCGGAGAGGGUAUUCUCUGGGUGGAAGGCAAAGAAGCUCACGAGAAGCAACGGCGUAGCGUUGGCCCAGCAUUAAGUUCACAGUCUGCGCGGAACUUGACUCCAGUUUUCUACGAAAACGCUGCUAAAAUGGUGUCCCAGUGGCACAAGCUUUUUGAUGCCCAGCAUAGCGACGAAAUGGUGAUUGAGAUGACCAACUGGGCUGGACGCUUUGCGUUGGAUACAGUUGGACGAGCAACGUUGUCGUAUGACUUCGACUGCCUUCGAGGCCAGUCACACGCUCUUGCGGAAACCCUAGAUGGCUUGACCAAUCACGAAAAAUCGCUUACCUCAUUCUACAUGAAAGCUCUCUUUUGGUUAUUACCAUCUAUCUUGCAUCUCGGCAAGAAAGGGCAGAUGAUCAGAAAAACCCGGAAAGAGCUUGGGGAUCUGGCUACAGACAUCUUGAAGGAUGCGGAAGCUGUCAGUGAUCCGAACAGUAAGACGCUGAUGUCACUGAUGUUACGAGCUGAUAAAGCCACUGCUGUUGUACAUAUGGAUGAAGAGGAAGUUGCAGCGCAGAUGCGCACCAUCAUCUCAGCUGGUUAUGAACCAGUUUCCGCCACAAUUGCUUGGCUGUUCUUUGAACUUUCUAUGAGUCCUGAAUGGCAGCAAGCAAUCCGUGAAGAAGUUUCGACUGCUGGAGACCCUACCUUUGACGAACUCAACAAUGCCUACCCUCUUCUUGACGCAUUUUUCCUAGAGACGCUCCGCCUUCAUCCACCUGUUCUCGAAAAUCAUCAUGAGGUAAGGUUAAAUCUAGGCAGCCGAAAUAUUUACGCAAUUGCAUUCGCGCAGGCUGCUGAGACUAUCAGUAUACCUCUUUCGGAACCUGUAGCAGGGUCUGGUAGUCCUCACCUCAUCAUUCCGAAAGGCACAAUCAUCUCACUGCCUGUCAAUGUGAUUCAAAAGGACAAGUUAACAUGGGGAUUCGACGCGGACGACUUCCGACCAGAACGUUGGCUCCACCGUGGUACCAGGACUAGCCGCGAGUUGUUGGCUUUUAGUGUCGGCCCCCGGGGCUGCCUCGGGCGAAACUUUGCGGCUGCCGAGAUAAAGGCUCUGACAGUGACUCUGCUCCGACACUUUACCUUCUCCUGUCCACAUGAAAUUGAGGCUUUCCAGAGUUUUGUCAUUCGUCCCAGAGUUAAGGGAGAAGGCUCGAGCUCGCUACCUCUUAUGGUUCGCAGAACACUGUGACAAGUCAGUUGAGGGGUGCUUUUCCUGAUGACAAGCUUGUGGGCACAUGUUUAUACCACUUAUAUUGAACGUACCGAGAUAUGAUAUUGCACUUU